GCGGCAGCGCCGGCACCCCCGGGGCGGAGUAACCCCGCGGUGGCGCCGGAGGCCGCGCACCUGGUAAAGGCGAAGGCCAUAAGGCUGAGGAUGGUGAAGCUGAGAAGGGUGAUGGUGUGCGGCCGGUAGAAAAACUCCAGCGUGAUAUCCUCCACCUGCUGCUCGUUGAUCAUGCGGAAGUGCAGACGGUAGUUCACGUCGUCCUUGCUCAGGGUCCGGCUCCCCACGCACGACGCCAUCUCGCCCCUUCCCCUAGCCUCAGGGCAGCUCUGCUUCUCCGGAACAGGACGGGACGGCGCGGGGCGGCGCAGCGGGAACCUGCACGGCGCGAACCGGGCGGGCCGCCCGCGCCGCCUCCCGCUGAGGCGCCGCCGCCGAGGAGAGAAACGCCGCGCCCGCCUCGCCGAGGGGCGGAGCUCGCCCUGCCGCUCCCGCGGCGCCCUGCGCCCACGCGGUGAGGGAAGAAGGAACGACAGGGGGAUGGGACCAUACCGCCCCCUUUGAGCAAGCGCUGGGAAGGAACCGUAUCUGCCUUUUCCUCCCCCUCUCGUUGCUUCAGAAUGGUUUCGCCUGCGCUGUGGCUGGGGAGGGGCACGCACGUGGGCUAGGCCGCGCGCGGGAGGAGCGCGUGGGGCAGAUGAGCUGGUGCGCUGAGAUAGAAGAUGGCUUUGUGGGCUCGACAAGUCUCCCGCUGGCGUUGCCUGCUGCAAACGGCGUCUGCUGCAGCAUUUCCCCGGAGGCUGCGUGGCCACAGUAGCAGCGCGCAGGCACGUCAUGUGCUAGCCCCUCUGGCUCUGCUGCCCUCUAGGAAUGACGUUCUCCCGUGGAGAUUGCAGGCAUACAGAUGUGUUUCGGUAGGAAGCUGUUCUCCAUCUAACAGUGCCAAGGAUGGAUCCUUUUCGUCUCCAGAAAGUAACUUGCCUUCACCGGUAAAACAGGAACAAGGAAAAGCAGAAACGUUACCUAAUAUAGAUGCAAAAACACUAUAUGAAGACUGGGAUGACGUCCCACCUUCAUCUGCUUUGGAGGAAAUUUCUGAGGAAGAAGCUGUACAGAUCAUUGCAGAACCACUUCUUCCCCUCCACUCUUCCACGCUCCGGGAUUAUGUUGACCACUCAGAAACCCUGGCAAAGCUUGUCCACCUAGGAGUUGACUUAUCCCAAGUGGAGAAACGUCAAAAGGCAGGUCAGCUCUUACUGACCUUGGACUUUGAAAAAGAUGUAAGAAAAAUACUUCUGUUUCUUAAGGAUGUGGGUGUAGAAGACAAUCAGCUGGGACCAUUCCUGACCAAAAAUCCAUACAUCCUUGCUGAAGAUCUGGAAGCUUUAGAAACCAGAGUAGCUUACCUAAAAUCAAAAAAAUUUGGUGAAGCAGAAAUUGCUCAGAUGGUCUCAAGAGCUCCAUAUUUGCUGUUGUUUUCAGUGGAAAGACUGGAUAACAGGCUGGGUUUCUUCAAAAACGAACUUGGCCUCAGUGUAAAAAAGACAAAGGAUCUGGUAAUUCGUCUUCCAAGGCUACUGACUGGCAAAUUAGAACCUGUAAAAGAAAAUCUUGAGGUUUGUCAGAUUGAACUUGGAUUUCAACUUCAUGAAGUUCAACAGAUUGUGUUUAAAACCCCCAAGAUUCUAACUGCAAGUAAAAAGAGACUCAAACAGACAUUUGACUACUUACACAAUGUGAUGGGCAUUCCCCACCGCAUGCUUACUCACUUUCCUCAGGUUUUCAACUCAAAACUAUUACGAAUCAAAGAGAGACACAUGUUUCUUAAAUUUUUGGGAAGAGCUCAGUAUGAUCCAGCACAACCCAGGUACAUCUCUCUGGACCAGCUCGUAUCCUUGCCCGAUGAGGUGUUUUGUACAGAGAUUGCCAAAGCUUCUAUAUGUGACUUUGAAAAAUUCUUAAAAACACUUUAAGUAGUGACAUAUGUAAAAAAGAACAGAAUAAAGU